ACCAGCCGACACAGGUCAUGGAGGCGCCCGGCAGCAGGUUGGAGCCGCCACCGCUCCCGGAGUACAGCUGCAGCUACGUGGUGUCGCGGCCGGUCUACAGCGAGCUCGCCUUCCAGCAGCAGUACGAGCGGCGCCUGCAGGAGCGCAACACGCUGCGGGAGAGCCUGGCCAAGGGCUGCAGUUGUUCAAGAAAGAGAGGCCUUGGUGUGCUGAAGACGCUUCUGCCCGUCUUGGACUGGCUCCCCAAAUACCGAAUCAAGGAAUGGCUGCUUAGUGACAUCAUUUCAGGAGUUAGUACUGGGCUAGUGGGCACGCUGCAAGGCAUGGCCUACGCUCUGCUAGCAGCAGUCCCUGUCGGAUAUGGUCUCUACUCUGCUUUUUUCCCUAUCCUGACCUAUUUUAUCUUUGGAACGUCAAGGCACAUCUCAGUUGGGCCGUUCCCAGUGGUCAGUUUAAUGGUGGGAUCUGUUGUGCUGAGCAUGGCCCCCGAUGAGCACUUCCGUGUAUCGAGCAGUAAUGGCACCGCAUUCAAUACCACCGUGAUAGACUAUGUGGCCAGAGAUACAGCAAGAGUACUGAUUGCAAGCACCCUUACUCUUUUGGUUGGAAUCAUACAGUUGAUAUUUGGAGGUUUACAGAUUGGAUUCAUAGUGAGGUACUUGGCAGAUCCUUUGGUUGGCGGAUUCACAACAGCUGCUGCCUUCCAAGUGCUGGUCUCACAGCUGAAGAUCGUUCUCAACGUUUCCACCAAAAACUAUAAUGGGGUUCUCUCCAUUAUCUAUACUCUGAUUGAGAUUUUUCAAAAUGUUGGCAACACCAAUCUUGCUGAUUUCAUUGCUGGAUUACUCACCAUUAUCAUCUGUAUGGCGGUUAAGGAAGUGAAUGACCGAUUUAAGCACAAAAUUCCAGUCCCUAUUCCUAUAGAAGUAAUUGUGACAAUAAUUGCUACUGCCAUUUCAUAUGGAGCCGACCUGGAAAAAAAUUACAAUGCUGGCAUUGUUAAAUCCAUCCCAAGCGGGUUUUUGCCUCCCAUACUUCCACCUGUGAGUCUGUUUUCUGAGAUGCUGGCUGCCUCGUUUUCCAUCGCCGUGGUGGCUUAUGCUAUUGCAGUGUCUGUGGGCAAAGUUUAUGCCAUCAAGUACGAUUACACCAUCGAUGGGAACCAGGAAUUCAUUGCCUUUGGGAUCAGCAACAUCUUCUCAGGAUUCUUCUCUUGUUUUGUGGCCACCACUGCCCUGUCCCGCACGGCCGUCCAGGAGAGCACCGGGGGAAAGACCCAGAUCGCCGGCAUCAUCUCGGCUGGGAUCGUGAUGGUCGCCAUCGUCGCCCUGGGGAAGCUGCUGGAACCCUUGCAGAAGUCGGUCUUGGCCGCCGUUGUCAUCGCCAACCUGAAAGGGAUGUUCAUGCAAGUGUGUGACAUUCCUCGUCUGUGGAGACAGAAUAAGAUAGAUGCUGUUAUCUGGGUGUUUACGUGCAUAGCAUCCAUCAUUCUGGGGCUGGACCUCGGUUUACUAGCCGGCCUCAUGUUUGGACUGCUCACUGUGGUCCUCAGAGUGCAAUUUCCCUCAUGGAACGGCAUGGGAAGCGUUCCUAGCACAGACAUUUACAAAAGUACCAAGAGUUACAAAAAUAUUGAAGAACUUGAAGGAGUGAAGAUUCUUAGAUUUUCUAGUCCUAUUUUUUAUGGCAACAUUGAUGGUUUUAAAAAAUGUAUCAAGUCCACAGUUGGAUUUGAUGCCAUUAGAGUAUAUAAUAAGAGGCUGAAAGCACUAAGGAAAAUACAGAAACUCAUCAAAAAAGGACAAUUAAGAGCAACAAAGAAUGGCAUUAUAAGGGAUGCUGGUUCAUCAAAUAAUGCUUUUGAGCCUGAUGAAGAUAUUGAAGAUCCAGAAGACCUUGAUAUCCCAACCAAGGAAAUAGAGAUUCAAGUGGAUUGGAACUCUGAGCUUCCAGUCAAAGUGAAUGUUCCCAAAGUGCCAAUCCAUAGCCUCGUGCUUGACUGUGGAGCUAUGUCUUUCUUGGAUGUUGUUGGAGUGAGAUCCCUGCAAAUGAUUGUCAAAGAAUUUCACAGAAUUGAUGUAAAUGUGUACUUUGCAUCUCUUCAAGAUCAUGUGAUAGAAAAACUGGAGAAGUGUGGUUUCUUUAAUGAUAAUAUUAGAAAGGACAUAUUCUUUUUGACCGUCCAUGAUGCUGUCCUCCAUCUACAGAACCAGGUUAAAUCUCGAGAAGUUCAAGAUUCCAUUUUAGAAACGAUCACUCUCAUGCAAGACUGUAAAGAUCCUCUUGAAUUAAUGGAAGCAGAGCUGAUUGAAGAAGAACUUGAUGUCCAGGAUGAGGCUAUGCGUAGUCUUGCUUCCUGA